AUAUUAUAAAUCGUUGCAUCUUCACAUUCUUAUUCUUGUUCAAAGUUGGAAGAUCACAGCGUUGUUGGAACUUGGAAGUCCUCCUCUUUCUUCCCACAAAAAAAAAAUGGCGAAGCCGGCAUCUUUGAAAGUUGUUGAAGUUUGCAGAGUGGCACCGACGCCGGAAACAACCACGUCCGACGCUGCAUCGGAGACCUCCUUACCGCUCACGUUUUUCGACCUGCUGUGGGUGAGAUUCCCCCCCGUCGAGCGUCUUUUCUUCUACGAAUUCCCUCACCCACCUUCCUCCUUCUUCGAUUCUCUUCUUCCAAAACUUAAAAACUCCCUCUCUCGCACUCUCCACCACUUUCUUCCUCUCGCCGGCAACGUCAUAUGGCCACCUCACUCCUCAAAGCCCUUCAUCCAUUACGUCUCCGGCGACGGCGUCUCUCUCACCAUUGCUGAAUCCGACGCCGACUUCAACCAUCUUUCGGGUUCUGACUUCUCCGAAGCCGAGGAAAGCCGCCGGUUGGUACCCCACUUGGUUGUUUCUGAUGAGAAAGCUGCUGUCAUGAGUCUGCAAAUUACUCUGUUUCCGAACUCUGGGUUCUCUGUUGGAAUCGCCACCCACCACGCAACCAUGGACGGAAAAUCAUCAACUUUGUUUAUGAAAUCAUGGGCUUAUGUCUGCUCUAAUCUGGAAGAAUCAUCAUCGCUUUCAUCGAUACCUGCGAAUCUAAAGCCAUCCUUUGACAGGUCAGUGAUGAUAGAUCCGUCUGUAAUUGCUGAUAGGUUCGCGAAUUUUUGGUUAAAGCAAGGCGGACCAGACAACAGAAGCUUGAUAUCGUGGGACUUGAAUAAGACAGAUCAAGGAGAGCUCAUAAGGGGAACAUUUGAAUUGCUUCCUUCGAAUAUUCAGAAACUUAAGAAAUCUGCAGAAUCCAAGCUGAACAAGAAGGUUCAUCUAUCAACUUUCGCAGUAACUUGUGCCCAUGUGUGGAAUUGCUUGGUCAAAGCAGAGCAAACGAAACGAGAGAAAGUGUUGUUCAUAUUCAGUGUGGAUUGUAGAUCUCGUCUGGAUCCUCCGAUUCCAUCUUCAUAUUUUGGCAACUGCAUUGGGGCGGCUAAGGCUGAGGCUGAAACGAAGAACAUGCUUGGGGAUGAUGGGUUCAUGUUUGCUCUUGAGGCCAUAAUUGAAGCUUUGAAGAGAUUGGAGAAUGAAGCGAUAUUAAGUGUAGCAGAAACAUGGAUAUCUGAUAUGGAAACUUUUGGACUGACCGAAACUUACAGAACGUUUUCAACUGCAGGAUCUCCAAGAUUUGAAGUUUAUAGUAAUGAUUUUGGAUGGGGAAGGCCCAAGAAGGUGGAGAUAGUUUCUAUAGACAAGACUGGAGCUUUUGCUCUUUCAGAAAGUAGGAAUGGUGAUGGAGGUAUUGAGAUUGGGUUGGUGUUGAAGAAAAGUCAAAUGGAAGAUUUUUCUGCUCUUUUUGUCAAAGGUCUUUCUGCCUUGUCAUCAUGCUCUUAAAAGCAUUGGUUUAAACGCAAAUGGCCUUGUGAUCUAACCAUCUCACUUGUAACAUCAGUUCAGUUUAUCUGCCCUUCUAUUUUUUUUUCUGUUUUUUGGGAAAAGCAUUGGUUUUGCUAUUACUUUCAGCUUUGAGGUAUUGUAAUUUUUGCAGCAGAUAAACUUGUGGGUUUGUGUGUUUUGUUGA